AGGCUUAGACUAUCUGGUCUAGGCGUAACCCUGGCUAUAGUGCUUUUGGCAUUUUCUUUAACUUCAGUAAAUGCAUCCGAAGAUGAAGAGCGUUUGGUACGUGACCUCUUUCGAGGCUACAAUAAACUCAUACGACCCGUACAAAAUAUGACACAAAAAGUUGGAGUAAGAUUUGGUUUGGCGUUCGUACAGCUAAUCAAUGUCAAUGAGAAAAAUCAAAUUAUGAAAUCAAACGUAUGGUUACGUUUGGUUUGGUAUGAUUAUCAAUUACAAUGGGAUGAAGCUGAUUAUGGCGGUAUCGGUGUGCUACGUCUGCCGCCCGAUAAGGUUUGGAAACCGGAUAUUGUUUUAUUCAAUAAUGCUGAUGGUAAUUACGAAGUGCGUUAUAAAUCCAACGUUUUAAUUUAUCCUACCGGUGAGGUGCUGUGGGUACCGCCCGCCAUUUAUCAAAGUUCUUGCACCAUUGAUGUCACCUACUUUCCCUUCGAUCAGCAGACUUGUAUUAUGAAAUUCGGCUCCUGGACCUUUAAUGGCGAUCAGGUGUCGUUGGCCUUGUACAACAACAAAAACUUUGUGGAUUUGUCGGAUUAUUGGAAAUCUGGAACAUGGGAUAUCAUUGAAGUGCCCGCCUAUUUGAAUGUGUAUGAGGGUGAUGGUAAUCAUCCUACUGAAACAGAUAUUACAUUUUAUAUCAUCAUACGUAGGAAAACUCUGUUCUAUACGGUGAAUUUAAUUUUGCCCACUGUGCUGAUUUCAUUCCUGUGUGUUUUGGUAUUUUAUUUGCCAGCCGAAGCUGGAGAAAAGGUUACCUUGGGUAUUAGCAUUUUACUGUCACUGGUUGUGUUCCUGUUGCUUGUAUCGAAAAUUCUACCGCCCACUUCUUUGGUGCUGCCUCUUAUAGCCAAAUAUUUACUCUUCACCUUCAUCAUGAAUACCGUUUCUAUUUUGGUGACGGUUGUCAUUAUCAAUUGGAAUUUCCGAGGUCCUCGCACUCAUCGUAUGCCCAACUGGAUACGACGAGCUUUUCUACAAUAUCUACCUGCCAUUCUACUAAUGAAACGUCCACGCAAAACCCGUCUCCGUUGGAUGAUGGAAAUGCCUGGCACUAGUGCUCAAACGUAUCCCACAUCGUAUGGCUCGCCGGCUGAGAUGCCCAAACAGAUUAGUGCCAUUGGCGGCAAACAAUCAAAAAUGGAAGUUAUGGAAUUGUCGGAUUUGCAUCAUCCAAAUUGUAAAAUAAAUCGUAAAGUUAAUAGUGGUGCUGAAUUGGGCAUUGGGGAUCAUGGACGGCGGGAGAGUGAAUCGUCGGAUUCGAUUUUAUUGUCGCCGGAGGCGAGUAAGGCUACUGAGGCGGUAGAGUUUAUAGCGGAGCAUUUGAGGAAUGAAGAUUUGUAUAUACAAACCCGCGAAGAUUGGAAAUACGUUGCCAUGGUUAUAGAUCGUUUACAAUUAUAUCUGUUCUUUAUUGUUACCACUGCCGGUACCAUUGGUAUAUUAAUGGAUGCCCCACAUAUUUUCGAAUACGUGGAUCAAGAUCGUAUCAUUGAAAUCUAUAGAGGAAAGUAAAUCACUCGUUUUAAAGCAACCAAACAAAAA